AUACAUACACGCAUUUUUUUUUAUUAUCCCAACGUAGUUAAUACACGAAAGAAGAGAAAAUAUUACUCCAGCGUAAUGUUGCGUUACCUUGUUUUUACUUCCACAGUUGUUUCAUUUUAUUUUAACGUUUGAACGUUCGCGGAAGAAGGAAAAAAAAAGAAGAAGAAGAAGAAUAACGAGAAGUGAGAGAGAGAGAGAGAGAGAGAGAGAGAGAGAGAGAAAGAAAGAGAAAAACAGAUACAAAGGAAGGAAGUAAGGAAAAACAUAAGAAAAAUAUGAUAGUCAAUCUCGACAUGAAGAGGUGACUGAACGAACAAGACGGCGAAAAAGAGUUUUUCUCGUGUGCGUGUGUGUUCGCGCGCGUAGUGUUCGUACAUGCGUACUUACGUACGUACGUGUGUGCGCGUGUGUGUGUGUGUGGUUAACGGGGAGUAAAGGAGUGUGAAUAUUAGUAAUAUUGAUUGGUUAUAAUAUAAUAACAGGAAGAGAAUUGUGUAGAUCGACAAAGUAAGAUGGCGGAAUUAUUCGGUAUGAGAGUUUUCGUUCUCGUGUCCUUACUCGUUGUACUUUCCGGUGGAAACGAGUUGAAGGACUACUGUUCCAUGCACAAGUUUGAAAAUCUACCGGGUGGAUUGAGAUUUACGAAGGAAGUUGUAACGACCGAAUAUGCUAACGUAGGAUCCUUCAAAUCUCUUCAUUGUUGUCUACGAGGCUACAGGAGCAUCGAAUGGUACAAGGAUAAUAGAGCUUAUCCUUGGCCAGGUGGUGAGAGCCAUUUCAUCCUUUAUCCGGAGAGCGCGAAUCAAACGAUUUACACGCAAGAGGUUAGAUCCUCGGAUGCUGGACGUUAUUCCUGUCAAGCGAGAAACGAUACGACGAUCUUGGAAGGUGACAUCACCCUCACCGUACUCGGAGAGGAGUCGGGUGGUUACACGGGAAAGCCAUUGCCCACUUACAGGCCGGCAUCGCAAUUGGUUCCUUUGGGCGGUGCUGCAAGACUCUUCUGCGAAGCUUAUCUCGGUAAAGUGGAACUUCCUGAUGCCAAAAACUCCGUGACCUGGUCGAAAAGCGACAGUAACGUAACCUUACCAAGCCAUGGUAGGAUAGCACAGCAUAGAGUAUCCAGAGAGAACGAUCAAAUCGUCGGUUCCUAUCUUGAGAUAGAAGAUAUAACCUUGGAGGAUUAUGGGGAAUACAAGUGCGAGGUUAGCAAUGGUGUCGACGAAGAAAUCACUUUGCCUGCUCACGUUUAUCGUCAAGAGCCACAAUUCACGUUGGAUCUUCAAAACGAUUCCUGGAGAAAACCGUUUCUACUUGCCGUUCUGGUCCUGGUAUUACUAUUCUCUGCUGUAGCCUUCUAUGCCCGUUGUUGGUUACCUCUAGUGGUUCUAUGCCGCGACAAAUUCGCCCGACUCGAGGAGAACGACGGAAAGGAAUGCGACGCGGUUGUGUGUUACCACGAGAAGGACUCCAGCUUGGCCAUUGGUAUCAUCGUACCAACUCUUGAGUCGAGGCAUCGAUAUAAAUGCACCACCUUGGAACUCUCCUGUCUCAGUCAGAACUGGAAUCUGGAAAUUGGACCGCAUGCAAGUACGGCUAGGCGUGUAAUCGUUGUGCUGAGUCCAGCAUCGUUAAGUGACGUUUGGACGGAGGCAAGCGUACUGCCAAUACUGAAACAGCUUGCUGGCCUAUCGACAACUACAAUCGCAGUGAUGCUGAAGGAUUUACCGAGUACAACGACGAUGGGGAAACCAUCAUCUAGACGCGGUGAUCGAACCGACAGUGACUACGUCCUCUUCGAUCGUUUAAAGAUCCUUCGAUGGGACGAAUCAAACACAGUCGAUAAAUCCUUAAAUCCACUUUCCUCCUCCUCCUUUUCAUUCUCUUCGACAAGUUUCCUAUCAUCGGGCGAUCGCCGUAAGUUUUGGUACAAGCUAAGACUCGCGAUGCCACCGAUGAGACCAAUCGGAAACGAGAGUACCUGCCAAUCGGUCGCGAUGAUCGUCCAAUCGAACGGCAAGUGCGGACAACAGAAGGCACGUUCGCGCGAGAGUCUCGAAGUUCUCGUUUAAUUUAACCCCUAUUUUUAUUAUUUCCCUUCCACGCAGUCUCUAUUUCCCAAUCUCCUAUUUCAUCUCUAAUACUUUUAUUAUUAUUAUUAUUAUUAUUAUUAUUAUUAUUAUUAUUAAUUAUUAAUUAUUAAUUAUUAAUUAU